AGCUCAGCGGCCGCAGAGGCGGCAGCGGCGGCGGCGCGGCGCAGGCACCGGCCCGGGGAGCGGCAUCAUGAGUGGAUCACAGAACAAUGACAAAAGACAAUUUCUGCUGGAGCGACUGCUGGAUGCAGUGAAACAGUGCCAGAUCCGCUUUGGAGGGAGAAAGGAGAUCGCCUCGGAUUCAGACAGCAGGGUCACCUGUCUGUGUGCCCAGUUUGAAGCCGUCCUGCAGCAUGGCUUGAAGAGGAGUCGAGGAUUGGCACUCACGGCAGCAGCGAUCAAGCAGGCAGCGGGCUUUGCCAGCAAAACCGAAACAGAACAAAGAACAGGAGAUUCCACUUUACCCCCUCAUCAUCACACCAUAUUCAGUUUUCUGUAUAUCCCACGACGUAGCAUGCUUUGUGAAGAGCCCGUGUUCUGGUACUACGUGAAGGAGGUCCUCAACAAGCACGAGCUGCAGCGCUUCUACUCCCUGCGCCACAUCGCCUCAGAUGUGGGCCGGGGCCGCGCCUGGCUGCGCUGUGCCCUCAACGAGCACUCCCUGGAGCGCUACCUGCACAUGCUCCUGGCCGACCGCUGUAGGCUCAGCACUUUUUAUGAAGACUGGUCUUUUGUGAUGGAUGAAGAGAGGUCCAGCAUGCUUCCAACCAUGGCAGCGGGUCUGAACUCCAUACUCUUUGCGAUUAACAUCGACAACAAGGAUUUGAACGGGCAGAGUAAGUUUGCUCCCACCGUUUCAGACCUCUUAAAGGAGUCAACGCAGAAUGUGACCUCCUUGCUGAAGGAGUCCACGCAAGGAGUGAGCAGCCUGUUCAGGGAGAUCACAGCCUCCUCUGCCGUCUCCAUCCUCAUCAAACCUGAACAGGAGACCGACCCCUUGCCUGUCGUGUCCAGGAAUGUCAGUGCUGAUGCCAAAUGCAAAAAGGAGCGAAAGAAGAAAAAGAAAGUGACCAACAUUAUCUCAUUUGAUGAUGAGGAGGAUGAGCAGAACUCUGGGGACGUUUUUAAAAAGACAUCUGGGGCAGGAGAGAGCUCGGAGGACAACUCCGACCGCUCCUCUGUAAAUAUCAUGUCAGCCUUUGAAAGCCCCUUUGGGCCAAAUUCCAAUGGAAGCCAGAGCAGCAACUCAUGGAAAAUUGAUUCCCUGUCUUUGAAUGGGGAGUUUGGGUACCAGAAGCUUGAUGUGAAAAGCAUCGACGAUGAAGAUGUGGAUGAAAACGAAGAUGAUGUGUAUGGAAACUCAUCAGGAAGGAAGCACAGGGGCCACGCAGAGUCACCUGAGAAGCCACUGGAUGGGAACACCUGCCUCUCCCAGAUGCACAGCUGGGCUCCGCUGAAGGUGCUGCACAAUGACUCAGACAUCCUCUUCCCUGUCAGCGGCGUGGGCUCCUACAGCCCAGCAGAUGCCCCCCUCGGAAGCUUGGAGAACGGCACAGGACCAGAGGACCACGUUCUCCCGGAUCCUGGACUUCGCGUGGAAGCCAGCUCUCCAGGCCACGGAAGUCCUCUGAGCAGCCUGUUACCUUCUGCCUCAGUGCCAGAGUCCAUGACAAUUAGUGAACUGCGCCAGGCCAUUGUGGCCAUGAUGAACAGGAAGGAUGAGCUGGAGGAGGAGAACAGAUCGCUGCGGAACCUCCUCGACGGUGAGAUGGAGCACUCAGCCGCGCUCCGGCAAGAGGUGGACACCUUGAAAAGGAAAGUGGCUGAACAAGAGGAGCGGCAGGGCAUGAAGGUCCAGGCACUGGCCAGAGAGAACGAGGUGCUCAAAGUCCAGCUGAAGAAAUAUGUAGGAGCUGUCCAGAUGCUGAAAAGAGAAGGUCAAACAGCUGAAGUUGUGCCAAAUCUUUGGAGUGUUGAUGGAGAAGUUACAGUAACUGAACAGAAGCCGGGGGAAAUUGCUGAAGAACUUGCAAGCUCCUAUGAAAGAAAGCUCAUCGAGGUGGCAGAGAUGCAUGGCGAGCUGAUUGAGUUCAACGAGCGCCUGCACAGGGCGCUGGUGGCCAAGGAAGCCCUCGUGUCCCAGAUGAGGCAGGAGCUCAUCGAUCUCCGGGGACCGGUGCCUGGAGAUUUGAGUCAAACGUCCGAAGACCAGAGUUUGUCGGAUUUUGAAAUAUCAAACCGGGCGCUGAUCAAUGUCUGGAUCCCCUCCGUGUUUCUCCGGGGCAAGGCAGCAAAUGCAUUCCACGUGUAUCAGGUCUACAUCCGGAUAAAAGACGAUGAAUGGAACAUCUAUCGCCGGUAUACAGAGUUCAGGAGUUUGCACCACAAGUUACAAAACAAGUACCCUCAAGUGAGGGCCUACAACUUCCCACCCAAAAAGGCCAUCGGAAACAAGGAUGCCAAGUUUGUGGAGGAACGAAGAAAGCAGCUCCAGAAUUACCUGCGCAGCGUCAUGAACAAAGUCAUCCAGAUGGUCCCCGAGUUCGCUGCCAGCCCCAAGAAGGAGACCCUCAUCCAGCUGAUGCCCUUCUUCGUCGACAUCGCCCCACCCGGAGAGCCUGUGAACAAGAACAGCCGGGCCAAAGCGGCUUCCCGCUUCCCCAAACUGUCCCGAGGUCAGCUCCGGGAGACGCGCAAUGUGGAGCCCCAGAGCGGCGACCUCUGACCUCGAUGGAACCCCAGCCACGGGCCCUAUGCGUCGCGCCAGCUGCCUCCACCCCAGCCCCUGCCGCUGACCCCUCACCUCGGCGUGACGACCACGCCCACCCGGUGACCCUGAGAGCACACGAUCCACACCAGUUACACGACACCCUGAUUAAAGUGGUCAGUCUUGGAGCCACAUGGUCCCUGACCCCAGAGAGCAAGGCCGUGCCUCGCUGGACAGACUGCAACACGCGGUCCUUCUGCUCCUGGGGUCUGCCCUGGGCUGCAGGGACUGUUCGUUCACCUCCCAGCAGUUCAGGACUGACAGGAGGGUGCCCCCUGGGUGAGAUGCACAGCUUAUCCCUUAACCCAGGAAGGUUCCUGUAGAGCCAACCUCUCCACUCUUUUCCACACGGGGCCUAGAAUGACUUUUUGCUGUUUCAAGUUAUUGUCUGGCCCAACGUAGGGAUGCCUGGAAUUGGCAGCGGGGAGGGGAUCUGGUUCCUUUUACUGCAUUCUCCACCAACGGUCAUUAGACACCCAGCCGUGUCACCUCUCACUUUUCCCGAGGGAUAUUCCUGUGGCCUUGGCAAGGAGCCAUUAGUGGUGUUUGAGUUCAGAGAACUUCCCCUAUCUUCCCCACGGCUGGCUUCAGGAAGGACCAGUGCCCUCAGGAGCCUGAGGCCACCAAGGCCCUCACCAGGCUUGGAGGGGGGACUUGGACAUCUGACCCAGUCAUCAGCAGCAACCUGAUAACCCGGCAUCAUCCAGCUUGUCCAAAGUGGCCUUGGCCUCACCAUCAUGAGACACUUGGCUCAGGGAACCACUAGUAUAAGGUUCCAUGGUUUUCAAACCAGGCUCCGUAUCUGUGUACUUGGACCCAGCAUGGACACUGAACAGAUCAUGUUUCUCUCCACUUAAGACGUUUUCUAUCCCCUGUCUGCCCAGCUAACGUUAUCCUUGGGAAGAGAAUUCUGCAUCCCUUAAGAUGGAGUCCUCUACUUCCUUCCAUGCUAGGAUGGCUCUCAGCGUACAGGGAUCCUUGGCGGGUGGAGAGGAGGAUAGGGACCAGCAACUGGGCGGCCCCUGAGGCUCCUCCUCCAGUGAGCUCACACCAGAGCCCCUCGCAGGACGAGGGCUAUUCUUACAUGCUCAGCACCGUUGAGGCAGUUUGCAUUUCUGGGGUAAAAUAACCAGGUAGGUCAUGAAAUGCACUAUGCAAGAAAAAGUUAGUGCAUUCCGCCUUAAGCUGACGCAGAGACGCAGUGAAACCUGAGGACAGAAUCGGGUGGAAGGCGAUAGUUAGACGGCAAGCCAUGGGCUUGUCCUGGACCUGCUUCAACUCAGUGGCUUAAAAUGUGUACUACCCAGGUGAGCAUAGAGCAUUUCCUGGCUCGAGAAACUCUCUGGAGAAUCAUCUGGAAGGUUUAUGCUGUGUGUUCCCCUCGUAGCCAGGAGGAAGAUUUUCAUGGCGUUUAAGGGUGAGAUCACUCACACACAGCCCGCUCCCCCCGCCCCCCCCCCCCCCCAAAGAAGCCGAGGCCUAUAUGACUUCCUAGGGAACUUUGGGCCAGGUAAGCCAUGCCCUGGUGAGACUCAAUGAGCCGGAGUGUGCAUGCAGGUAAGGACCCUGCAGUCAGUUUGUGAGUCUGGAGGACCCGAGAUAUCCCGAAAAGGCAGCCUGGUCUCUGUCCCACUCACCUACCAACGUUGCUGCGAUAUAUAUGGUUUUUUUUUUUGUUUUUUUUUUUGAGACGCAGUCUCGUUCUGUUGCUGAGGCUGGAGUGCAGCGGCCCAAUAUCUGCUCACUGCAAGCUCCGUCGCCUCCCGGG